UCAAAUAGGAAAGGAAAUGAAAUGGCGAAAUGUGGAUAUCCAUCCACAUUUCGCCAUUUCCUAGCAAUCGAAGGUUUACAUUUUUUUUAGGAGGUGGGUCAUGUAACUUAGUUGGAAUGGGGUCUUCUUGGAAUUCUUGGUGCUCUAUUUCUUCUAUCCGUCCCUCUACUGAAACCUUGGCCCUAAGUUCUGCUUCUGCCAAUAACUGGUGUCGAGACAAGCAGUUGAUAUCAGUAGAUUCUUCAUUACCACUAUCUUCGUCACUUUUAUCAAAAUUUUCGGGGGGAGUUACAUACACGUCAGCUUCCAGCACAUCAUCAUCAUCUUCUAAAUACGAUAUUAUGUCACUUACCGUUAACCUAAAACAAAAAACAUGCAACAAUAAGCCUAAUGGAUUCAUACAUUUUCUCAAUGGUAACAGAGUAAUAUGAUCCCAUUGUUUGAAAAAUGGAACGGUGUUCGAAAAUAUGUCAUAAACAAUAAAUUGUCAUUAUAUUUAUAAAUUUUACUAUAAGAUAUUAUAAAUAACACUAAAUUCAUAUAUAAUUCCCAAAAAAAUACGUAAUUUUGUUAAUAAUAUAAAUAAUUUUCACUUGCCGACUGCGUGAUGACAUUUUCACAAAAAAUACUCGCAACAAAAUUGUAAUUGACAAUCAAAAUACGCGCGCUAUGCACAUAAUGGCGCUUAAUUUUGACAGACAACUAAUUCAGUGUUACCACUAUUCAAAAAAAGAAUAAAGAAUAGAAAAUAAUUUAAUUACAAAAAAAAUUAAAGUUGCCGUUCCAAAAAUGGAACACUGGGAAGAUAAGGGUUAAUGAAGAUCACAAAAUUAAAAAAAUCACUGCGAUAUUGUGACAUUGGUGAUCACAGGUCUUGAAAACGCGACCAAGGGUGUCGAAUUUCAACUUAAAAAAAAAAUCUAUUAUCGCGGAACUGAGUGAUAUGGAUUUUUUUUAUUAUUUUUCCCAGUACUGGUAUAACUUGGCUUUUCAUCCGGUCUCAGAUUAUCGUUGAGUUUUGGGACACCCUGUAUAAAUAGUAUAGCAUUUUCCGAUAUUUUUAUAAUACUUAUGACACUGCUAGAUGCAUAAACCAACCCGCCUCUUGAUUUGAAAUAAAUAAGGCUCUUUUCAUUUUUCAGAUCACACAACAAUGACAAGCAUAGGUCGCAUUUGAUGGUUUUUGACAAUUUUCGUGUGACAAAGCCUGAUAUAUACUCCAAUACACUAUCAUUGUAACAACCAACAUCUUGCGUCAAAAGUUCUACAUAACAAUCAUACAGUGCGCUGUGGUCUUCUUUAAUUUCUAUGAAAUGUUUCUUGUCUGUUAAGUCAUUAAGUGAUUCGAUGGGAUUUUUACUUUUUGCUUGUCUCUGAUUUCUGCCUUAACUAAAAUUCUUUUGUACGCCGCCCAAAAUUGUACAGCAUUCGGAUUGUUAUUAAAUCCACCUCUCGCCCUAAUUGCCGAAAAAAACAACUCUAAAUUAUCUUGGCUUAUUUUGUACAGAGGUAUAAAUUGUAAGUAUUUUUUUUUGCUCUACAAUAUUCUCAUACAUUCUUAAAGCGCUCUUCAUAUCCACGAUUAAGACUAUAACAUCGGUUUUCCGACGGGAUUCAAGCAAGCGCAAAUAGUCUAUAUAGCAUUCGUAAACAGCGCUCGUAUAAAGCCAAUGUUUUGAGGGCACAUAGCCUUUUUCCACCUUGGCGGUCGAAUGGAAUGGCUAUUUAAAACAUCAAACACGUCAUUGAUUAAAUUUAUAAAAUUAACUGUGCCAUCACAUUCUUCGAACUCCUUGAGCUUCAGUACGGUUUUGCAGAACAUUAAUGCAUCCGCAACGGAAUUACUGAGAAGUUGUGUCGCGAGCCUUAUGCCGGCCAUACACGCUACGGUCUACCGGAAAGGUCCACCUGUGCAGGUAUGCCUGCGCAGGUCAACCGAACAUUGGUAGCGUGUAUGGGUACGUUCCGGUGUAUCGGAGCGGUCUUCAGUUCUUUUUGCGAUGGCAUCGAAUGUGGACGAAGACACGCUGGCAUUGCUAGGUCUUGCUUUAAUUUUGAAGAUGAAUAAUACGAAAAAGAAGCGAAAAAAGUGGUGUAAGCAUUGGUUAUUGAAAAGAAAAACAUAUAGUCAUGUUAAUUUAUUAAGUGAAUUGAAAUUUGAACCAGAAGAUUUUAAAAACUAUCUUCGAAUGGACGAGAAAACAUACCUUAAAUUACUUGAAAUGGUUACUCCUAUGAUAAAAAAAGAAGACACAGUUAUGAGAAAUAGUAUUUCUGCGCACGAAAGAUUAUCAGUCACAUUGAGAUUUCUCGCAACUGGCAGAAGCUAUGAGGAUCUAAAAUUUUCAGCAAUUAUUUCGCCUCAGGCACUUGGAAAAAUUAUUCCUGAAACAUGUGAGGCUUUAUAUAAAGUACUCAGAAGAGAUUAUUUUAAGUUUCCUAAAUCUGAAGAAGAGUGGAAAGAAAUAGCAAAGAUGUAUGAAGAACGAUGGAACUUUCCUCAUUGUCUUGGUGCAAUAGAUGGAAAGCACAUAUCGAUUGUUCCACCGGCUAAUAGUGGAUCGUAUUUUUAUAAUUAUAAAGGGCAACAUAGUGUGGUUCUUAUGGCAAUUGUUAAUGCAAAAUACCAAUUUAUUUAUAUAGACGUUGGCAUGAAUGGCAGAAUAUCCGAUGGAGGGGUUCUACAAAACACUAAAUUUUUUGAAAAAUUAGAAAAUAGUGAUUUACAUAUUCCAAGCAGUGAAUUGUUAACAGGAAGUAACCGAAAUUUACCAUAUGUAUUUGUGGCAGAUGACGCGUUCCCAUUACGCCCCGAUAUGAUAAAACCGUUUCGACAGGCAGAUUUAACAUCGCAAGAAAGAAGAAUCCUGAAUUACAGAUUAUCUCGCGCGAGACGGACUGUUGAAAACGCUUUCGGGAUAAUGGCAUCACGAUUUCGGAUAUUUUAUACUCAUAUAAAUUUAGAACCCGAAAAUAUCGAUAAAGUAGUGAAAGCAUCUUGUGUAUUACAUAACUUUUUAAUUGAACACUCAAAAAAGUCUUAUGCACCUCAAAAAUGUUUUUAUCGAGAAAACUCUGAAAACGGGACUAUAAUAUCUGAAGGAUACAAUACACAAAAUAGCACCAUGGUAAACUUGGAAAGAAGAAACCCAGGAAAUACUUUGAACAACGCGAAGAUAGUCCGAAACAAUUUUAUGAAUUAUUUCAAUCAGGAGGGAAGGGUACCAUGGCAAAAUGAUCAUGUAAAUUAAAUAAUACCUAAGGCUGAACGGGCAGAGUAGGUACAUAGUUCUAAAUAGUUAUAGUUGUAAAUAAUUAUGUUAUUAUUAUAUUACUUAAUAAAAAAAAAUACUAC